CACAAAAGUACGCGGUGGGUUCGCAUUACUUGCUGUUUUCAACUUUUAGCUCACAUCAUCUGCAUAAUAUUAUAUAAAGUUCAUGGUGUAUUUGUUAAGAUGAUGGCUAAUAGUCGCGAACUCGUGCCUCUCUACAGUACACUUCUCGACGCUUGCUCUUCAGCGAAGCACUUGAAGAAUAUAAAACAAAUUCAUGCGAUGACCAUCAAAUUAGGCAUUUCAAGCAAUGACUUCAUUAGAAGCAAGCUUGUGUCUUCCUACGCUUGCUGUGCUCAAUUGCACGAAGCCAAUAUCAUCUUCUCCUUCACCAUUCGCCAACCCACUUUUCUUUUCAACUCUCUCAUCAGAGCAAAUUCAUCUCUCGGCUUUUUCGCUCGAUCCCUUUCCAUCUUUCACGACAUGGUGCUUGCUCACAAGCCCUUUGAUCGUCACACGUUACCUGUGGUGCUGAAAUCUUGCGCUGGUUUAUCGGCUCUGCGGCUUGGGCAACAGGUCCAUGGGGCUGUUUUGAUUAAUGGGUUUGGCUUGGACUUGGCAAAUUCUAAUGCUUUGGUAAACAUGUAUGCCAAGUGCGGGGAUUUGGUUAGUGCGCGCAAGGUGUUUGAUAGAAUGUGGCAAAGGAACGAGAUUACGUUUUCAACCAUGAUGAAGGGUUAUGGAAUGCAUGGGAAGUGUGAGGAGGUGUUCGAACUGUUUGAUAAAUUGGUGGACGCAGAGGAGAGGCCUGAUGGUGUGACUUUUACUACGGUUUUGAGUGCGUGUAGUCAUGGUGGGUUAAUAGACAAGGGGAGAGAAUAUUUUGAGAUGAUGGAGGUAAGGUUUGGAAUGAAACCUGAGCUGCACCAUUAUACGUGCAUGGUGGAUAUGUUGGGGAGGGUUGGUCAGGUUGAGGAAGCAGAGAAGUUAAUUUGGAGAAUGGAGGUUAAGCCUGAUCAGGUUUUGUGGCGUGCCUUGCUGGCAGCUUGUAAAACUCAUGGGAAGGUUGAGGUGGCUGAGAGAGUAGCAGAGAGGGUUUAUGGAAAGGAACUUAGUAUUGCAUCUUAAUUAAAAAAUUUUGUACGUGGAUUUUGUUCAUCAGAGAAUGCAUGCAGCUUAAGGAUAAGCAUUUUCCAGUCUUGCAUGGCCAUACUUUAGAUAUUGUGUACAUUCUUUCAUAUAUAUUCAAUAUUUUUUAUGGCCUUUAA